CUUCCCAGCACUGCCGCCACCUGCGCUUUCCAACACUGAAGCUGGCAAAAAAUAAAAAACCCAAGCGUUGAAUUUACCGAGUCGCCGUCUCGAAUCAGCAUAAUUCCACAGCCAUUAUUCUCAAUUCCGAUCGGAAUCGGCGAAAAAUAAAGACACUUCGAAAGUCUCGGAAUUCAUAGGACUUCAGAAUAAACACUGCAAUCUAAAUCACCAUGUCGCACACCAUCCUACUGGUUCAGCCGGGCGCCCGUCCGGAAACCCGCACCUACUGCGACUACGAGAGCGUGAACGAGUGCAUGGAGGGCGUGUGCAAGAUCUACGAGGAGCACCUGAAGCGACGCAACCCGAACACCCCGACCAUCACCUACGACAUCAGCCAGCUGUUCGACUUCAUCGACACCCUGAUGGACAUCAGCUGCAUGGUGUACCAGAAGAGCACCAACACCUAUGCCCCCUACAACAAGGACUGGAUCAAGGAGAAGAUCUAUGUGCUGCUGCGCCAGGCGGCCUUUAGUCCCAAUGCCUGAGGAAGGCGAAACCAGAGAAUACCAAAUAACCAGAUCAUAAACUAAGGAGAGGCAUCAACUGAGGAGGACGACAACACAGGACCACCAUGCCACUCGGAGGCGAUGGAGGCCUCGCAGGGGGGAACGCUGCUGCUGACUACACCCACAUUACACCGACUACGGACAGCAGAAGACAAUGCAAACACAAAGAGAACGAGAAACUGUUUAACUUAGAAAUGGAAAACUUACUUUACACGUGCUAAUAUAAUGUAUAUACACCCAACAACUGA